UACCAAGCGAUGGAUUCCCCAAGUUUAACUCCCCAAAUUGAAACAGGUAUACGGCAUAUGUCAGACUCUGUGUUUGUGGGACUGUGUCGUACAGUGGGGACAUCACAACAGGUGGCAAUGCGGAGAGAUGUGAUAGACAUUGAGGAGAUGGUGAUGAAUAAAGUGUUGACAGAUUGCCAUAUCAUGGAGAUGAGGAGUGGAAGUGAGAGAGAAGGGUUCAGAAUGAAGGGAUCAGAUAUAGAUACAAUGUAUUGUAUUAAAAAUCACCAAGUGAUAUGGGACUUAUUUCAGAUCCAGUUUUACAAUGUACACAGACAAUCCCUGAUUCUCUCCGUCUCUUCUGAAAGUUCACUCGGAUUUACUUUACUUCAGUUACUGACACCAAGAGCAGAUAGCAGAGUUAUCUCAGCAUUAGUCACAAUGAAUGGUGGACGUUAUAUAUCUAGUUCUAAAUACAGAGAGAUUACAUGUUCUAUUGUAAUACCUAACUCUACAGUGCAUGGUCCAUGCGGCAGUGGAUUGUUUGGAGGAUCUCUAGAAUAUGACAAUGCCCACUGUUUUGCUUCUGAGUUUUGGCCUCCGUCUGCCUCCUCAUGGAUAGACAGAUGUCAAACAUGGCCCCAGCCACAGGUUGUUAGGGAUAUAGUCAGAAGAGGAUGUCACUUUGUAGCAAUAGGACACAAAUUAGGAAAUCAUGAAAGCAAUGAAUGGAGAAUUUCAUUUUCUCUGGCAGAACAAAAACUUGUGUACUCAAUGAACCACUGUCAAUUCUUAACUUAUGGUUUACUGAAAUUGUUCUUAAAAGAAGUCAUUAACAACGGAUUAGGAGAUGAUGAGAAAUUACUGUGUUCCUAUCACAUGAAAACAGCAGUUUUCUGGAUGAUUCAACAAAACACAAUACCUAACUGGUGUCCACAGAAUCUCCUGAAAUGUUUCUGGUACUGCUUUAAACUCAUCCUUAAAUGGGUGUAUGAGGGAGUCUGUCCUAACUUUUUCAUUCCAGAAAACAACAUGUUUCUCAGCAAUAUUUAUGGCGAAGGACAAAACAGAUUAUUUGUUAGACUGUUUGGUUUCUAUGAAAAAGGUUUAGCAUCCCUGCUACACAGUCCCUCCCUCAGGUCCUAUAUCAUGAAUGUCCUUUAUAUCCCCAGACUCAGUAUUUGUACAGAUGAACACACUCUGGUAUCUGAGACCGAAUUCGAUAUAGAAAUGUUUAUGGAGUUAUAUAAACAUAAUAAUGCACCUCCCUCACCAGACUUCUACCUCAAUAUGAAGUACCUAAACACAGUAGCACAGUUGACAGUCUCACCCCUGACACAGAAUCAAGUUCUCGUGUUACAGGUAUUUACAGCCUCCUUCCUUCAAAGAGCUGCUUUUACAUUACAAAACAUGUACAGCCACACUGAAAACAAGCUGAUUUAUAUUGCUGACAGAAUGUCCUGUCACAUGUUGAAACUCACAGCCAAGUUUGGGUGUAUUUCUGACAGGUUGUACAUUGCAAUGUAUUAUUACAAGACACUCAGAUACACAGAAGCUUUGUCUGUGAUAGAGAUGACAAAGGUAAACUUAGCUCAGCCAUAUGUGAUGUAUAACUUCACAGUAGACACAGAGAGGUAUACUGAGGCUGUAGGGGGACAGUCCUGGUCUACAAAGUUAAGACAUGUUGUAGCAUGGAAUAUCAAAUUAAAGAACAAAACCCUUUAUAUCAAUGAAUUAAUGACAGAGCAGAUAGUUUCCUUACAGAACAAUCAACACACAUUGUCCAUCCCACCCCUAGUUGCGUUAUACAUGAUGGAGUUCUUGUGUUACAGACAUAUUGACACAAUGAGAGCACAAACAGCUCUUAAUGAUCUACAGGUCCUAGUUCACCAUGAUCAGGGGGUGUAUGUAGCUGUGCACUUAAGAGACAUAUCAUGGCAGAUCCUGGGUAUCUGUCAACAGAUCUCGGGGAACCUCCAGGCUGCUCUAUACUCCUACCAACAAUCACUCAAACAAUAUCCACAUCAUAAAAUCCAAAGUGCUACACUAACGAGAAUACAUGAACUCGGAUAAGAACAGUAUAACUCGUAUGCCUUUAGCUAUUGGAUGAGUAACUCAAGUCAAAUAUGUUUAUCAUAUAAGUAUAUUUCAGAUGUUAAUGUUAUCAGUUGCUCGAGAAAUGGAUUAGAUAUGUUGUUAGAUUGAUGAAAAGUUAUUUGAUGGACACCUAGUCAGUUCAUCAGUAGACAUGAAACCUAAAUGUAUUGGAUUUUGGAUUUCGAAUAUAUUCAUUAAUAACACUAUGUUCAAAACUCGUCAGCAAUGGUGACAUCUUCAUACGAGUGAAAAUUUCUCGAGGAACAUUAAACAAUAUACAAUCAAACCAACCAACGAUUACAGACCGCACAAGAGCACAGCAUGCUCUGAUAUAGAUUUUCAAACUUUACAUGCAUUUGAAAUGUUAGUGGAAUUAUUGUUUUUGUGUCUGCGGGAUUGAUGUAAAUGUAUUCUUAAAAUAUUUCCAAAAUUAAAUUAAGGUAAUAAACACUUAAUUGGGGAUUGAUAUCAUUGUUAAUAUUUGAGUUGUAUAUAUAGAGAUAAAUUAAGCAUAUUGACAUAAUAAUAUAAUAAACAGUAUAGUUGUCACUUUG